GAAUACAAAAUUUCGAGCUUUGAGCAGAGGCUAAUGAAUGAAAUAGAGUUUCGCUUGGAACGUACCCCAGUUGAUGAAUCAGAUGAUGAAAUCCAACAUGAUGAGAUUCCUACUGGCAAGUGUAUUGCUCCCAUCUUUGACAAAAGACUCAAACAUUUCCGGGUCACAGAAGGUUCUCCAGUCACAUUCACCUGCAAAAUUGUUGGAAUACCUGUUCCAAAGGUUUACUGGUUCAAAGAUGGAAAGCAGAUUUCUAAGAGAAACGAACACUGCAAAAUGCAGAGAGAAGGAGAUGGCACGUGUUCUCUCCACAUUGAGUCUACCACCAGUGAUGACGAUGGCAACUACACCAUCAUGGCGGCCAACCCCCAGGGGAGAAUCAGUUGUUCUGGUCACUUGAUGGUACAAAGUUUGCCCAUUCGUAGUCGGCUAUCCACAGCUGGUCAGUCUCACAGGGGAAGGUCCCGAAUGCAAGAAAGAGAUAAAGAGCCCCUACAGGAACGCUUUUUCCGACCACAUUUUCUACAAGCUCCUGGUGAUAUGGUGGCUCACGAGGGCCGCCUCUGUCGGCUAGACUGUAAGGUGAGUGGCUUGCCACCCCCGGAGCUGACAUGGCUACUCAAAGGCCAACCUGUGCUACCAGACGCCUCCCACAAGAUGCUGGUCAGGGAGACCGGAGUCCACUCUCUGCUCAUUGACCCGCUCACGCAGCGGGAUGCAGGGACCUAUACGUGUGUUGCUACCAACAAAACUGGGCAGAAUUCCUUUAGUCUGGAGCUCACUGUAGUAGCCAAAGAGGUGAAGAAAGCACCUGUGAUCCUGGAGAAACUGCAGAACUGUGGUGUUCCCGAAGGCCACCCAGUGAGACUAGAGUGCCGUGUAAUCGGCAUGCCCCCGCCUGUGUUCUUCUGGAAGAAAGACAAUGACACCAUCCCAUUCACAAGAGAGAGGAUCAG